GAGGCCGACAUGCGCAAGCCAUCAGUGGUCCUGCCCCCCUUACGUGAACCACGUCUGAGAGAGUCUACCAGCCUGCCUCUAGUCAUGGAGGUGCAGAGCACGGGCGAGAUGCAUCUUUUGUGUCGCAGCGAUCGGUUCGGUGCUCAAACAGUCCAGGACGUGGCAGCUGUCUUCAGAAACAUCGCUCAGCUUCUCACUGGCGAUGAUGACCGUCUCACUGUAGGGCAUUGCCUUCAGCACAGUCUGCCAUCGAUCAUGCGGCAAACCCUUCUGCAGCUGGGUAAUAUCGAUCGACCAGAAUCACGACUGACAAACACAGGACCGACACUGGGCAGUUUGUUUCGGAACACGGUACGCCAGCAUCCCGAUCUCAUCGCUGUAACAAAGGACACAAUUUCCGUCUCCUAUCGCCAACUUCUGGACUCCGCUCAGGGCGUGGCUUAUGCCGUGCUUUGUCAUGCGCGCCCAGGAGACGUUGUUGCCGUGAUUGCCGAUCGUUCGAUUAACUGGAUUAUCGGAGUUUGGGCUGCGGUGCUUGCUAACACCGCCUAUUGCCCGAUCGAUGCUUCAUUUCCAACGGAGUACCAGGUAUCACUGGUGAAGCAAAGCCACGCCACCCUAGUAUUGUUUCCCUCAUCAGAACAACGGAUACAAUGGUGCUCCCAAGAAUGGCCAGCUCUUGCGACUGAGGAUGUUUUACAGAACACGAAAUUGCCUGUUGGUGGGCCGUGGCCAACGCAGACGCCAAGUGAUGUGGCAUACGUCUGCUUUACCUCAGGCUCAACUGGUGUCCCGAAAGGUGUGAAGUGUCUUCAUCGGGGACUAGUCGCCCUUCAAUCCCGCGAGGAAUAUCGAAUAUUCAGUCAACCAGGACGUCGGAUCGCCCAAUUCCUCUCCCCUGGAUUUGGAGGCUGCGUAUUUGAGGUCUUCGGUACCUUAUGCUAUGGGGCUACCUUGGUGCUCCGAACGAAGGAUGACGACAUACUGUCACAUCUGGACCGGGUGGACGCCACCAUUCUUACCCCAUCCGUUGCCGCAGAAAUGGUCCCAUGGCAGUUUCCUAGAAUCAAAUAUGUGUAUUUUGCCGGCGAGCCGGCCACAGAGCCCAUAGUGUCCCGCUGGUGGUCACCAGAUCGGCAGCUGUACAACGCCUACGGCUCAACUGAGGUUACUGUGAUGAAUACACUGGGCUCACUAGACCCUGACCUACCAAUUUGCCUGGGCGGUCCAGUCCCGUCCUCCCGGUUGUACAUAUUGAACAGUGAAGGAGAGCUUGUUCCACCCAACACAAUAGGGCACAUCCACAUUGCAGGAGUUCAGGUGAGCGAUGGGUACACUGACACGGCGCCAUUGGGACGGGAGGAGUUCCGGCCAGAUCCUUUUUGCGAUGGGGAGGAAAAGAUGUAUCGCACGGGUGAUCUGGGCCAUUUUGACCAUGAGGGUAAGCUUUGGUACUGCAGCCGGAAAGACCGCCAAGUGAAGGUCCGCGGAUAUAGAGUCAACCUCGACGAUAUCGCUCAUGCAGUCUACCGCCUCGUGCCCACAGUACGCAAGGCCGUGGCGGUUCUUCGAGAGGAUGGCAGCAUUGUGCUCGUCCUGUGUCCGAUGAGGGUGGACGAAGCUGGCGUCCGUGAAGCCUUGCGCACCGCCCUGCCUCCUCAUUAUCAGCCCUCCCAUAUACAGAAACUGGAGAAGAUGCCAAUGACAAAAAACGGAAAAAUGGAUUUGCAGACACUGAAGAAAGUCAGCGCGAGGAGAGCCUCCGGAUCGAGACCAGAGAAGGCGGUCGACAGACCACUCAGUGGAGCCGCUCGAGCUAUAGCUGUGGCCUGGAAACACAUAUUGAGCCUUGAUCCUUCUGCUAAGAUAAAUGAAGAAGAUGACUUCUUUACGCUCGGUGGAGACUCAGUCUCGAUGCUCAAGUUAGCGCGCGAGCUGAACGAUAUCUUCCAAGUUCGUGUGACGGUCCGGGAUGUGUUGUUGCGGUCUGUCCUGCGGGACCUUGCAGCCUUGGUUGAGACGAGCCCCAGGACAACGCACGAUUUAGCUCCAGCACAGGGGAAGAGCCCUGAGAAGCUCGGAACAACUAACCUGUCUCCUCCGGAACUGUUGUGGGUACAUUACUAUACUAACUCCCAAUGUCCAAGAGCGUUUAAUGUUCCAUUCUAUGCCAGCCUUUUGCCACACCUUGAUCUGAAAAGGCUCGCCUCGAGCGUAGAGGGGACACUAAAUCGCCACCGUAUCUUACGGACACGCAUUACGAAGUCUCAUAACGGGUACACGCGCACCAUCUCAGACGAACGCAUCGCUGUGGGUUAUGAGACAUCCAUCGAUGUUGGGGAAUGGAUCAGUCAGCCGUUCAAACUCGAUGGAAGUCUGGUCCGAGCCGCUAUGACCAAAGAUUCUUUACUUCUCAAUUGCUCCCACCUGCUCUGCGAUAAUAACACCUUGACGCAUCUCCUACAGGAAAUUGGGGAUCUGUAUUGCGGUAGACGAUUGUCUACUGUGACGCACGAAUACUUUGACGAGCAAUCGUGGUCAUUCCCGGUACCAAUGCCGAAAGAGUUGCAAGCUUAUUGGAAUGACCAUUUGAUGGGCAUUGAGGUGCCACGUCCUCUAGCCACACAGCGAGUCCGUUCUUACCGUGGAAGCUCCAUGCAACCCACAAUCUGCAGUACAUCAGCACAGAAGCUCUUGGACACUUGUGCUGAUCACCACGUCUCCCCGCGAUAUUUUGCCAUGGCUAUUGUGGCGAUUACUUUGCAAACGUUGGCCGAUACUCGAGACGUCAUAUUCGGAUGCCCAUACAUCAACCGCCCCAAUGAACCAGGCGCAGACACGAUCGGGCUUCAUCUUGAACCGCUCCCUCUUCGCUUCACCUUGUCAAAUUCUUCAGAACCAACACGGAUAGUUGACCAUCUGUUGCAGGCAGUGAGGACGACGGCUCAGUCUGCUGUCGCGCACGCGGUUCCGUGGCAUGCGUUGUUGGCCCUGUUGGGACUCCCGUUUCCCUCCGGCCACGAGGCCCUGUUCGACUGCGCCGUCACCUUUCGGGAAAACCGGGGUGUGGAGAAUAGCCAGCGGCUCCCAGACAUUGAGGGACUGAUGCCGCGCCCGGUGACCCCCGACGGCGCCAUCUUUGCUCUCCUGUUUGAGUGGCGCUUCACAGACGACGAGCAGGGUGUAUCGCUGCGGCUCGGCUAUGACACGGACCUUCUCACCCCCGCUUUGAUGAGUGUGAUGAGUCGGGUGCUAUGCGUUGCUCUGGAUAACAUGAUUGAUCUUGAGAUGACGCAGACGCGGUUGCGACACGUGCUACGACAAGCCCUAGAUGACGCUUGUCUGCGCGCGAGAUUGGAGCCUCAUUGCGUGCGGGAAUUAGCGCGCAAAAAUUUGAUUGGGGCUGUUUCCGGGGAUGUCUGACAUCCUUAUGUUCAUUUAUUCAUGUACUGUAUAAUUAGGAUGCUUGGAAUGAUUAGUCGAACCCAAAAUAGUUUUUACUCUGCCAUGAAUGAAUUGCGUUCUUGAGUUGGACCCCGAAUAGCUUGAAGUGUUGAUU